GCUAUGGGUUCUGGGCUGCUUUGGUUCGGGUUGACAAUUUAGAUGGGUCAAUUUGGUCUGCCUCCCAUCGUCCUAUCCUCAUCACCCUUACGGUGCCAUCAAUGGCGGCGGCGGUGGCGGCGCAGCAGCCGCCGCUCGCGCGUGAGGGUUCGACGGUCGCUGCUGCCUGCUGCGACCAGGGAGCUCGCCGUCCUUGCACCCCCGGGACUAGGGAGCUCCUCGUCGCUGUAUCUUCGUCCGUCUGUCUUGUUCGGAUUCGGAGAGGAAUCUUGCCUCCGUACACGUGCUCGUUGUUUUCCGUUGCUCCUGCUCGUUCGCUGCGCGUGAGGCUUCUUGGAUUAACCCCUUGGGACUGCUGCAAGUUUCGUUUGGCUUCUGGGCAUUGUCACGGCUAUUUGGACUCCGGCCUCGGUUCUCUUGACCAUUUCCUUUCACUUCUGGGCACCUUCACGUGUCUUACACAUGCUGCAAGAGGUGAAUUCAUUUUUACGACAAUUUGAACCACUGGCCGCCACCUCUUGCUGUCUCAUAGGUUGUUUUUGCAUCCAAUUAAGUUCCUAUUCAGUCAUAUAAAUAAUGACUGACACUCUGCACUUACUUUCUCCCUGUUUUUCCUAUUUCCUUUUGUCACAUUCUUGCUUCGUUCCCGUCCUUCAACAUGCCAAACUGUAUUUCUCUGACUUUUAUUUAUCCCUCACCUGCUCGUGGUCCUCCUCGCUGCCUCUGCAGUGCGGAGUGAUUCAUAAUUCCUUAAUAUUCCAAAUUUAUUUCCGUCAACAAAUUUGCGAACAACACUUCCUUCAAAAUCUUAUUUUAAAUAAAGCAACCAGGAGGCGGAGAGAAGGUUACCAUGUUCGUCGUUGGUGUCAGUUAUAUGUCUCUAUUGCAAUCUGUGGCAACUCGAUGCUUGUUGCCAUAUGUGUCUACUGUUUGUGAAAUCAGUGACGACAAGACUGUGCUUUAUGGGAUAGAAAUAGAACUGCACACACCAAACCUACUGUUAGGCGGGCAAAAAAAAUUUCUGGGCAUACGCCCAACCAGAUGCAAUAUCUGGUUACGAAAAAGCUGCUUUGCAGGCAGUACGGUACUUACAGUCUAUAUAUGGGUUCAUCGUCGCCGAUUAUAGCUUCGAAGGAAUGGUUGUUUACAGAAAAUUUGUUGAAGCUAUUACUACUGCUACACCCGCCCAAAUGCCUGCUGACUUUUUCAUACAAGGAAACAGAAUGCCGCGUAGUUUGCCUCAUGCCUUUGAGCUGUCGCCUCUUGCGCGGCAUUUCUCAGCGAGGAACAAAUCUAUGUAAUUUUUUAUUCUUCUGAAUUUGACUUGCAACUCUUCGUCUGAAGCAGCAGUACAUGGUAUGUUUAUAUGCUGCUGUCUUGUACCACUACCACAGAUUUUGCUACCUUCCCAGAGCUACUUGCUUUAUUCAAACGCAGCAAGUUUGCCUUC